GAAAGUGGGGGGUAGCCAGGGGAGCAUGGAACAUUUCCGCCCGCCUGCCUGCCGACGGAAACCUCACAGCUCCGCCCUUAAACAAGCACAAGCCAUGAUGCGGAAGCUCUCCCAGCGUCCCCGCCCCCAUCUUACUUUUGACUUCAACGUCUCUUUAUACCCGUUUCCUUGUAUCUGACGCGUCCUGCCCGAACUGCCCCUAGAUACGCCGACCAUAGCUAUCCUAGAAUGCCGUCAAUAGCCCGCACGCUCCGCACAGCUUCACACUUCUCGCGGAGCACCACAAAAACCUACUUCAACCUCGCCCGCAGCUUCUCCACCACCUACCGCCGCAAUGAGAUCAACAAGGUCUUUCCCUCGCCCGCGGCCGCAAUUAAGGAUAUGCAGUCCAACAGCACGCUCCUAUGCGGCGGCUUCGGUCUCUCCGGCGUCCCCGACACGCUCAUCAACCAAGUAAAAGACACGCCUUCCAUCACCGGUCUGACCGCCGUCUCCAACAACGCUGGCGUCGUAGGUUCCGGCCUCGGCCUGCUUCUCGAGAGCAAGCAGGUCAAGAAGAUGAUCGCCUCCUACGUCGGCGAGAACAAGGUCCUCGAGCAGAUGUACCUCUCCGGAGAACUGGAGCUCGAGCUCACGCCUCAAGGCACUCUGGCCGAACGAUGUCGUGCAGGCGGCGCUGGCAUUCCUGCGUUCUACACGCCCGCAGCAUUCGGCACCGUCGUGCAGACCGGCGAACUCGCCCUCAAGCACAACAAAGACGGCUCUGUAGCCCAAUACUCACACCCGCGCGACGUCAAAGUCUUCGCCGGGAAGUCUUUCGUCAUGGAAGAAGCCAUCAAGGGCGACUACGCCUUCAUCAAAGCUUACAAAGCGGACAGACUGGGCAACGUCCAGUUCCGCUUUGCCGCGCAGAACUUCAACGGCGCUAUGGCUCGCAACGCCAAGGUCACAAUCGUAGAAGCAGAGCACAUCGUCGAAGUUGGCGACCUGCCUCCCAAUGCAAUCCACGUCCCUGGCAUCUACGUCGACCGCGUCAUCCAGUCCACAGCGCCCAAGAACAUCGAGAAGGUCGUCAACCCGAAGGAUCCCAAGGACGCCGUGAGCGAGCUCGGCAAGGGCGAUGCGGCGAGCAAGAGAGAGCGCAUCGUGCGCCGCGCGGCGAAAGAGUUCAAGAACGGCAUGUAUGCCAACCUCGGCAUCGGCAUGCCAAUGCUGGCUCCUUCCUUCGUCGACCCCUCCGUCGAAGUGCAGCUCCAAUCCGAAAACGGGAUCCUGGGCCUGGGACCGUACCCGCAGAAGGGCGAGGAAGACCCGGACCUCAUCAACGCGGGCAAGGAAACAGUGACGCUUGCGCCUGGUGCAUCCUGCUUCGGGUCUGAGGAAUCGUUCGGCAUGAUUCGCGCGGGCAAGAUCAAUCUUACAAUUCUCGGAGCCAUGCAAGUAAGCGCGAGAGGAGACUUGGCGAACUGGAUGCUGCCAGGCAAGGUCAAGGGAUUCGGAGGUGCCAUGGACCUUGUGAGCAAUCCGCAGGCGACGAAGGUGGUUGUUACGAUGGAGCAUACGGAUAAGAAGGGGAGGCCAAAGAUCUUGAAGCAGUGCGAGUUUCCUUUGACGGGCAAAGCGUGCGUUAGCAGGAUAAUUACGGAUUUGUGCGUAUUCGACGUUGAUUUUACAGAGGGCCUGACACUCACCGAGCUCGCGGACGGCGUGAUAGUCGACGAAGUCCGGUCAAAGACGGGCGCAGACUUCAAGGUUGCGGACGAGAUAAAGCCUAUGUUGUGAAAAGCGUGAACCUGCCAUUUUCUUGUAUAUACCUCGGCAGCAGCAUUGUAGCAUCCCUCCUGGAGCCGUUUAGAAGAUCUGCACGCAUUCAUACUUUCAUCGGGUCCCUUGUCCACCUGG